AAUCGCCCAUCACUGACUCCGUUCCGAAACCAAUGGCAGGAUAAGAGGGGGAUGCAGGUCUGACAACAAGAAUUCGUGUCGUUCAGUUUUGAACUGUGCUUUUCACCCGCUGUUUCCAGUUGGGACUGUGACGAGGCUCAGAUUUUGCGCUUCCCUUUUGGUGCUUAAAUGAGCAAGAGUAAGCUCUAUUAAAAAAAAAAAGAACUACACACACACACACACAGUUUAUUUCGGUUUAAAUGUCAGGAUGGGCUCUUGAUUGAGCUCCAAGUGAAGUCCGGUUGUGCCGUGAUGAAGACCUUUGAUAAAAACGGCCAGCAUCUCCGAGGGCUUGCGGAUUCCUCGCCUCAUCUCCGAGUAGACGACCUCCUACUGACUUACUUCACGUCACCCCACCCGUCUGCCUGGCGUCUCCUCCUUUAAACCCUCUGCUCCGACCAGUCCUUUGAGCGAAUCCGGGCUCAGACGAUAAACGUACUCGGAGAGAAAGCGGACAGAGCCACAACACAGACUCCAAACCUCACCUAGACUACCUGCUCCAACUGGAGGGGGGGCAGAGAGGAGGUAGAGGAGGACGCACAGCGCACAAGUGCAGGCGCGUCCCUGUGUGCCAGCUGAACAACGCAUCAAGCGGGCAAAGAGAGCAGAAAUAAAUUGGAAUAAGAGUUCACGUCGACAACUCUAUUGGAGAAACGUACAGAUUAGUUAGAUGACAGCCUAAAUGAGUACAUGGUAAGAAGAGUCAUGCAUCUCAACCAAGAAGACAGCAGCAAAGGCUCAGUGUCACUCAGUGUACUCCUGCUCUCUGUUGCAGUCGUAGUAUGUGCCGUUUGGCUCGUAGCUUUAUGUGGGAUCUGCACCUGGUGUCAACGUAAACUGGGGAAGAGAAAUAAACCGGGAAUGGAGGCUGCCAGCUCUCCAGAUUCCGUGAGAGGUCGAGGAGAAAAUAAAGCCAUCAAUGAUCUAGACAGAGACUUUUGGAAUAACAAUGACAGCAGCAACGUGCAGCAGAGGUGGAGCUCCUACCCGCCCAAGGAGUUCCUCCUAAAUAUGUCUCCCUACGCUCCCUACGGAGACCCUCGCCUCACUCCCAAUGGGGCCGUGGAUAAGGGUGGGCAGGGCGGAGCUGGACCCUCACCAGGGGCCAGUGACGGCGGGGGUGGCGCUUGCUCCAGUACAGGAGCAGGGCCAAGUCGCAGCGACAGCAUUCGGAGCAUGGUGACGGGGGGCAGCAAGGCCGGGCGCUGGCAGACCGUCCAGAGCCACAUGCAUGCCGGAGCCCUGCGGUUUAGCAAUUUCGGGGAUGCUUCCCUCUCGUCUGCCUCCACUCUGGAGCACAUCCCGUCGUCGGCCGUCGCACGUCCCCGGCCUCUUGUCCGCCAGCAGAGCCUCCAACAGCCCCUCACCCACCAGCCCCCUCCGGGUCCCAAUGACCCUCCGGUCACCUCACAGAGCCUGGGUCAGUUGCACACAGGCCCAGGCGGCGGGGGCCACCGUGGGGGCCCGCGGGGGGUCCGGGGGAGUCCGGCUGGAGCUUCCAGGUAUAGAGGGACGGGGACUGGCCGAUCACGGUCAAAUCCAGGGAGCUGGGACCACAUGAUGGAGCAGAUUCGCCACAGAGGUCUGGACGUCAAGUCAUUCCUUGAGGGGAAGAUGGUUGUUCUAUCUCUAGCAAUCGGGCUGGCUGAACAGGAUGACUUUGCCAACCUCCCAGAUCUCCAGGAAGCUCCGGCAAGCAAAGAAAAUGAAACCACACCAGAUAAAAGAACUCCAGGAAACAAACCAGGCAGCAGUCCCAGAGGUCAGACCCCAGACGAAACUGGACGCCGGCAGGGGCAGAACCAUGAAGCCAACUCUUCUGUCACCGACUUAGCCAACUCGGUCAACAGCGACGUGCUUAUGCUGUCACCAGGCUCUGAGGAGGACGAACACGAAGGUCCAGUGCGUGAGAAACUGGGUCGCAUCCAGUUCAGUGUUGGAUAUAGCUUUCAAGACUCGACUCUCACUGUCAAAAUUCUCAAAGGCCAGGAUUUGCCUGCUAAGGAUUUUUCAGGCACAUCUGACCCUUUUGUGAAAAUCUACCUGCUCCCAGACAAGAAGCACAAAUUGGAGACUAAAGUCAAGAGGAAGAAUCUAAACCCUCACUGGAAUGAGACGUUUUUAUUUGAAGGCUUCCCCUAUGAAAAGGUGGUUCAGAGGACUCUCUACCUGCAGGUUCUUGACUACGACCGAUUCAGCAGGAACGACCCCAUCGGGGAGGUGUCCAUCCCCCUCAACAAGCUGGACCUGGCCAACAUGCAGACUUUCUGGAAGGAGCUGAAACCGUGCAGCGAUGGCAGUGGAAGUCGAGGGGAUCUCCUAGUGUCCCUGUGCUAUAAUCCCACAGCCAACACCAUCACUGUGAGCAUCAUCAAAGCACGCAACCUCAAAGCCAUGGACAUUGGAGGCACUUCUGACCCAUAUGUAAAAGUGUGGUUGAUGCACAAAGACAAACGUGUGGAGAAGAAGAAGACGGUGGUAAUGAAACGCUGCCUGAACCCUGUUUUUAACGAGUCCUUUCCCUUUGACGUGCCGGCCCACGUGUUGAGGGAGACCACCAUAAUUAUCACCGUCAUGGACAAGGACAGACUCAGUCGCAAUGAUGUCAUUGGAAAGAUUUAUCUUUCAUGGAAGAGUGGCCCCGCAGAGGUAAAACACUGGAAAGACAUGAUAAGUCAUCCUCGUAACACCGUGGCCCAGUGGCACUCUCUCAAAGCCUGAGGGGCCCAGCAGCCAAACAGCCUAAAGUGUUACCAGUCAAACACCAAGACCACUACCCCUCUCCCCAGCCUCCUCCUCUGAGAAGUCAACGUGAGCCUCUCAGCACACAUCCCUUUUCCCCUAAAUGCAGUGUUGGGCUCUGGAUCAUGUAUCACCUCUUUGUUCUCAGGCCUCUUUGAUAUUCCUCGCCCUCAGUCCUUGUGAAUCAGCCCUAAAAUUGCACCCUCUUGUCAAGUUCUGAUUGCCACCUGACUCCUUCACAUCGGUUCGUCUGAACUUAAAAAUGUCUUUGAUGUCUUAGCUCCCUUGUGCCCUCUUUCUAUACCAUUUAUUUCCCCGAGAUCUCCCGGUCUUUUCUUCCAUCCUGUCGGCCAGUCCUAGAGCCUAACAUCAGAGCAGUGGCUCUUGCUGCCCAUGGAUACAAACUACCAACCAAAAAUGAAUCAAACUGAUAGUCAAAUCAUCCUCUGCGGCAGCAAGAGGGACUGCGUUUGAACGGGCGUGACCUGUGGGAUCCACGCACCACCUCCCGUCAAAUGUCUUCACUCCUUCCAUUUUCGUCUCUGAUCCUCCAUAUCCUCAAAAUGCCUAAAAAAAAAAAAAAAUCAGGAAUCGGGCACAGAAGAAGUGACGGAGUGAAUUUCAAACGGACUGGAAGUGGACUCUGUCAUUUAGGUUUUCUUUGAUCAUUUUCCCUCCUCACUGCCACCGCUGUAAUAAUUCUCCCCUGGCUGAAACCCUUUUGUCGUCUGUGCGUGAUGUGGGUGACGUGCCGUAGUCUGAAAUAAUGUUCUUCAAUUAAAAAAAGGGGUAUGAACAUGAACAUUUAACACUGGUUAGAAAAGGUGAGUGUGGAAAAUAUUUUUCUCUUAGAAAAGAAAUCCCUCUGGACCAAAUUUAGGAGCAAAGUGAUUAUUCUAAUUGUUCUUUCCUUUUUGGGGGGUGGGGGGAGAUAGGUUCAACAACUGUUCUUCCAGACACAUAAAAUAAUCAAAAAGUCUCUUCCAACUGUGCGGUAGUGUGGAUAAAUGUGUGUAUGUGUGAGGGUUUUUUUUUAGACCUGCACUGCUAAAUUAAAGCUAUUGAUGUACACAAAACGCUCCUUGUCGUGAAGGUAGAAUUAGUAGAAAUUAUCCCCUAUUUGACGAUUACUAAAUUCUCUGGAAGGAAAUCUAAAUUAUGAACACACAUACAGGAGUCAAGUUUAUCCGUAAUUUCCAACUGGUAGCUUAAAACAAACUUGCAGCACCCGUCAACCUGGUAAAGAUGUGUAAAAAGCCUUAAAGUGAAUUAAUAUUUGGAGUGGCACAUUGUAUAAGUGUAGAGUGUUCGGCUCAUUAUUCGGACACUAGCUAUCCGGGAUUCAAUUCCUGACCUUGGCAUCCUGAAGCCCACUGGUGCCACAAACCAGAAGUAAAUGAUGUUUUAUUAAAGCACCAACAUUUUCUCAUGUUUUUAUUUAUUUAUUUGUUUAAUCUCCCUUAACCAUCCUGCAAACCAUGAGUGGUAAUAGAAUAAAUUUUGGUCAUUGUCCAGCCAUGUUUGUCACAGUUCCAAUUGGUUGAAAGUUGGUUUAAACAUUUCAAUAAUUGAUAUUGUAACCAUUUUUUGUCUGUUAGAAAUCACAAAUCAGCCUGAGCAUAUUUUCCUCAGUUUACUAUGUUGGAAAGUGACUGAAAGAGUCACGACGGUGCGUAUUUUUUUAUUUUAUGUUUCUUCUAAAAUUGUCCUUUUUCCUCCUACUGAAUUCUGUCACCGCAAUAAAAAAUAAAAUUUUUUGAAGGCUGUUUAUACAUCUUUAGUAGGGUUUCAGUUAAUGCUCUAUGUGCCUGAUAUGAUCUGUUGAAAAAUAUUACAAUGGUCUAAAUCACUUCAGUAUAACAUCAUAAUAAUGUUAGAGAUGUCUUAGUAAAGAGUGCUAAACCUAAAAUGUAUGGGGAUUUUUGUUUGCUUGUCAGUGGAUCCUUUGGGUACAACGUUGAAACAAAUAAUGGCAGAAAUCAAAUAUUUUUUUUAACAAGGUAUUUUUUUAAGUGGUGAAUUUAAAAAUAAAUCAAUCAAUAAAAGAACCUUAGUGUGAUAAAAUGUGUUUAUUUAUGUACAUUGCAUUUAAAAACAAAAGCACUGCCAGUGUAAAGCAACAAAUACACAAAGGGAUGAAAAAAGUAAUAUUAUAAAUUGAAAUGGAAACAGAAGAAGUAUGCAGGUCAUAAAAUAAUCAUGCAAGAAAGUUAGUUCAUAAUCUCAGGAAAGCUGAUUCUAAAAUUUUUAAAAAAUGACACAAAAGAAAUUUUUGAAUCAAUCCAAUGGAAUAAAAAUUUGUUCCUGACAGAGAAAAUUGACUCAAUGUCCUUUUUUUUUUGUUCCUUACUGCUGAUGUGGAGCUGAAGUCCUCCACUUUAACAUAAGAUCUUUGAGAUCUACAGAGAUGCAGUGAAAAGAAAGAAUCAACAUAAAUCUGCACUUUUACCCUUUACUUGACUUGUUUUGUAAAUUUAUCUUAACUAAAAGAAAAGAAACAAGAAGAAAAUGACCAGAGAGUAAAUUGUGGCGUAAUUACACAUUCCAGUAAAUUAAAACCACACUGUGCUUGUUGAGCACUGAGAACUGCAGUGCCUAGACUUAGUUAGAGCUGAUUUUAUGUUGGGGUCUGACUGAAGUACAGGUCAGCUUCCUGUGUGUUUGUUUUACUGCCUGAGAACGACCUCCAUCGCAUCCCACUUAGACACAUAUCGAUCACAUGAAUGAAAACAAAUGAGACUAAUAAAAUCUGAGGGGACUACUUUUACAUUCCACAGUUUGUGUUUGUCUUCUGGAGGUGUGUGUAUGUGUGUCUGCACUUUGUGCGCGUGUUGAUAUUUGGACUUUUUACUCUCUGUGUGCGUCUACGACGAGCUAGAGUUUGCCAUUUUGAUGCUGAUCGGCAUUGUUUACUGUUUUUUAAUCCUGUAUAGAUUCAGAUGUACAAAGACGAGUGUUGUUGUUUCGGUUUUCUUAAAGAUUGUCAGUUUUUUUGUAAGCAUCACUGCACUCGUUAACGACAAUGCUGGAGCAAACCUCUCUUCACAGCAGGGUUAUUUUAUUGUGUCUGGUUUGGCUUGAGGGUUAAAACUCUUAAAAAAGAAGCCUAAAGUCUUGAGAUUAAACAUUCUUAACCUGACUAUCAUGACCCAGAGUUUUUGUUUAGACCAAAACAGCUUCCAGCAUUCUGCCCCGGAUGUCCAGUGCCCUUACUAUCUGAUUCUGUCUCACUCAAAUGGCGUCUCCUUAACAUCUCAGCUGGCGCUCCACCAAAAUGCCCCCGUUGUGCACACAUGCUUCCUGGCACAAAGCGUGCUGUGUGUGCCUUGUAAACUCUGCCACACCCUGCUCUUCACCAUAUGCGCUCACACUCAGUUUGUCAAGAAGGGGGGGGGGGGGAGCAGGUUAAAAAGGGGUGGGAUGGGAGAUAAUCAGAAUCAUCGUUGAUGUUAACUAAGUCUCAGGCCAUAGCAGAGUGUUGAGCCUCCUGAAAUAAGCAGCAAUAAAAGCUGUGUUUGAUGUUCUUGCGUGUUGAGCGGGAGGUUAUUUUUAAAUACCGAUGAGAAAUCAUUCAGAUUCAAAGGUUAUGAGGAUGUCACUUUAGUCGAUGCUGUUUAAAUAUCGGGUGAAGACGUGGUGGAAACCAGAUAUUUACAUAUACUGCACAAAAAAAGACAUAACUUUUUCUUCUCGCUGUGUUUUAGGUCACUUAGGAUUAUCAAAAAAGUUCCAUUUACCAAAUAUAAAAAUGGUAAAUGAUUUUUUUAAAUUUGCUUUUUUUUGUUUUGCUUUCUUUAGCUUCAGAAGUUUCCAUCCAUUUUUGUAGUAUUACUAACAUUGUGUGGUGUUGCUAUAAUUUGUUCACACAUUGUUCUUUCUUCAUUAUGUUAAAUAAUUUAUUUAAUGCACCAGUCCCUUCAUCCUCAAACACUGCUCAACAGUUGUUAACAUGUUUUCCAAUAAAUGUAACAUUGAUCAUUAUGCCAAAGUGUUUUGGCAUGAUGAUCAUGCCAAAAGUGUUGGCAUGAUCAUGUUGUGGUCAUUUUCAUCAGACCACAACACAUCUCCCCAAAACGUAAUGUCUUCGUCCCCGAGUGCAUUUGUAGGCUUUUUCCUGUACUUUUAUGUUCUUUUUGGAUUAAUGGAUUCGUUCUCUUUAAUUGGCCUUUUAGUCCGUACAAGAUGGAUAAUGAUGCUCUUUAAGCAGCUUCAAGCAGCAUCUUCAUAAUGUCCUUUGGUUUUGUUGUGGGUUAGUUUGAAGAUUAUGCUCCAAAAGAAAUCUCCAAAUCUUUGGAAGACAGAACCCAUUUCCAUUGUGUUUAUUAUACUUAUUCAUAAUUUUUAGAAUGAUUGAAUUUGGCAACUUCGGGUAUCUAGAAUUUUACCAAACGAUGAACAAGACUUACAGAAGUCCAGAUUUCUAUUCCAGAUAUUUUGCAUUAUUUCUUUUGAUUUUUCCUUGAUGUCCCGCAAGAAACCAGUGCAUUUCACAAGCUGCUUUAAAACACGAACACAGAUUUGCCUCCAUAUGAUCAAAAUAAAUUAACAAAUUAGAGUUGUUGAUUUAACUGGUGGGUGCUGGCUUACUGUAAGUCUGUCUUUAACUGUUCUGUUGUUACGGAGUCUAGAUGUAAAAUUUACCAAUUCACCGUGUUCAGCCAUAACAUUGUCUUCUGAAGUUUUCCAAAUUGUUUAAACCCAUAGUAGUCUUGCUACAUGAAAAUUUCUAAAUUAAAAUUAAUUUUUUUUAAAUUCUCCAAAAAGCAUCAUGCUCAUUAUUCUGGUAUUUAGAAAAGAUACAUAAUUUUGGUAAUCCCCACUGAUCUGAAACAACAAUAGAUUAGUUAAUGUCUCUCAGUGAAAAACAGAAAUAAUUAUGUCUUUUUAUACCACCUAUAUAAAUAUCUGGUUCAAUAGCAGCAAACCAGGUUUUCAUUAUGAUAAUUGUUUGUUUUUUUUUGUUUUUUGUUUUUAGAAAUCAAGUUAUAAUUCUUCUUUCUGCACACUCCAUGUGGUCAGUCAAUCAUACCAAAAUGCUUACUGGACAAUCUCAUGUUUCUGUUUUAGAGCAUUCUCUUAAGGAACUGCUGGAAUCAAAGAGAGGUUAACCAGCAACAUUUUUAUUUACAUAAUGUACAGAUAAUUGUGAUGUGUCCUGUAUGUAAAAAACAAAAAGAAAAGAAAAAACAUUUAUUGGGGUUGUUGAUAUCUGUCUGUCACUAACUCCUCUCUUUCACUUCCCUUUCUCAUUGUAGUUACUCAUCUGUGGGGUGCACAAUGUUAAAUAUCAGCCAUUUAUUUUUUUGAAAUCUGUAUAGUGUAAAUAAUAAUAUAAAUGUGUAUAUAAAACAAAUAUUCUUCUGG